AUGGAAUCCGAUCUCUCUCUCGUUAAACCAUCCUCUCCUCGCCUCAUCCCUCAUGCCAACCACAGUCGCUACUUAAACUACGGUGUUAGCCACGGAAUAAUGAGCCACGGUGGUAUAGGUAGUGGUAUAGGUAGCCAUAGUAGCAACGGAAGCCAUGGUUCACCUCAGUCAAUCAAAGACUUUGGCGGUCGUUCUCCACGUCCGCCAUUCGGACGCAUGCCAUCCCACACGAAUGCUGGAUUCCAAGAAGCCGACAUUAGCGAUUCCCCUGCAGAUCUCUCUUUACGCAAACAAGCUUCAACCUCCUCUUUACAGUUUAACCACCACCCGGGCUAUUGCAACUCUCAGCCUGAUCUGCUCAACAAGAACCCUAUAUCACCAGCUCUUUCUUUUUCGAUCCCGUCUCCUCCUCUUCCUAUCACUUCGGCGACUUCUCUUCUGCCACCACCACCACCUCUUCUUCUUGUCCAUGAUCUAGAUAUCACCGAGAACCAAGACGAUACAAAAAUGCUCCAAUUAGAACCCGACGAUCUGGCUCGGUUUCGCAAAUGGGUUAUUGGUUUUUGUGUUGUAAAUUUUGAUCUCGAGAUCGGACAAGCACUAGACUAUGUUUAUCCACCUAUGGAACUAUCUCCUGAUGAAGAGAAGAACAUAUGUUUUUCUGCAUUUCCAGAUUCAAACGUGUUUGAAGUCGGGGAUCAAGUAUACAGUGUUCGAGUACGAGCAAGCAAUUCAGGAUUUGCAGUAUCUGGCCCGACCACAAACGCCGGGUUUCUCUAUGGAUAUGUGUUUUUUCGUCAAAAGAAAGACCCUUCGAUUCGCCGUGGAUAUUUUCAAAAAUCUAUCGUUCUUCUUUCUCAGCAUCCCUGGACCGGUCUAUUUUCCCGCUUGAUCGGCAUCCUCGGACCAGCCUAUUUUGAGUCAGGACAGCCCAUGCUCGAAGCAGCAUGCAUGAACAUUGCUAAUUGGCUUUCACCUGUCGAAGGCCAAGUAUUUGAUCUGCCAUUCCUUGGUAAUCUGCUUCAAGUAGAAUUACACCAACCAUUUAAACCACAGCUAUUGGAAACAACUCCAUUUGAUAUGAAUAAACUGCAGCCUGACCUGCAGAUUAUGGCUUCUUUACCUAUACGAGGCCUUUACAACCAUUUCAAAGACAUUCUUCCUGAUCUGUGGUUAUUGUGGGAAUUGAUGUUAUUAGCCGAACCCCUGGUCGUAUUUGCACCGGAUCCAACUGUCUGCAGUGAAGCAGUCGUUUCUCUUGUCGACUUGAUUAAUCCUAUACCAUAUUGUGGAGAUUAUCGACCAUAUUUUACAAUCCAAGACACAGAUUUCAAAUACUUUAUUACUAAGAAUAAGCCAGCCUCUAAUUUGAUUCUGGGAGUAACCAAUCCAUAUUUUCAUACAGCUAUUGAGCACUGGCCUCACAUUGUUCGAGUGGGACGCCAACAGUUACGAAAACCAGAUGGAACACCAAUGACAGCACACAAUAGUCCUCUCAAUUCAUCUAGAAAAGCCAAACCUGGCCUGUCAUCCAAACCAAACACCACAUUCGAUUUUGUACAGGGUGUCACUUCGAAACGAAAGGCAGUAAUUGCCAAAGACCGCGAUUUAUUGAGAAUGUUUGCAGAAGCAGAGCUACGGCAAUAUCCUCCAGAUUGGGUGCUCAAUAAUAUGUUGCGGCGACAUUUUGUCGAUCUGACGGAGAAUCCCAUGACGACUGAAGUAAGGCCUGCUCCACGUCUCAAGCCUUUCCAGACAGACCAGUUCAUGAAGUCAUUAAAAGAACAUGGUCCUCAACUACCUUUUAAAUCGACCUUCAAAACCCGCACUUCGACAACCGAUCCUACCAAAGAACUCUAUAGCCAAUUCCUAAAGUGUGGCAAUUUUGCAACCUGGUUACAGCACCGGACAACCGAGGCUCAGGUUGAGAUCAACAAGCAAUACUCCCCUUCAUUUUGUUCAUAG